CCGUCGGGAAGAGUUUGGCGGUAUUUGGCAACCCCGCCCUCUCGGCAGCCUCCGUGUGAACAUAUCUCGGCGUCCGUCCGUUCAGAGUGAACUCUUCUGAAGCCGGGCAUGCUCGCACUCAUCCGCGCCCAGCAGCGCUGCCGACCGCGGACACAGGUUGUUAGCCACGUAGCACGCGGUCUGCCUACAUGGCGCGGAAUCCACCAGACGCCAGUCGCGUUGAAGAAAAAGAAGAAAGGCACUGGGUCUGACGAUCUGUUUUCGACGGAGGACGACUCCCUGUUCGGCGACAGCGGCGACCUCUUGGGCGCGAGCGAGGCCACGAAGGCGAAGAAGCCGUCCGCCGCGCCGACCGAGCGCAGUGCAGACACCGGGAAGAAGCUGCGCGGCAAGCUGAACGCGGAGCAGCGCCUCGAGCGGUUCAACGUCCUCUUCCAGUUCGUGGACGAGCGCAUCGGCCGGCACCCGCCCGCGAAGGCGCAGCGGAAGCCCGAGCAGGUUCGCAACACUGCGUGGCAGCACCUCUUUGGCCUUGCGAUGGCGAAGGAGCAGCUCGAGCAGGUCGCGGAGAUGUUCCCCAAGUGGAGAGAGUCGAGGAGAGAGUGGACGCCCCAGAUGGUGAUGACGUUUGUCCGUCGCUGUGAAGAACUGCGUUGCCCAGAGCUCGCUUUGAAAGUGUUCAGUGACCACCCGAAGUAUGGUGUUGACCUCGUAGGCAGGAAGGCCGCCCGUCAACUGCUUCACUCCCUGCAUGUCGAACACCCGCUGCAGGAGUCUAUCACCCUGUCUGCCCUUCACCGCAUCUAUAAGCUCCCCGCUAUCUCCGAGGACCUUGUUUCCUGCGCGAUGAUCACUUCGGCGUGCUUCAAGGCAGGCACGCCCGAGUCGCUCACUGUCGCGAACGCCCUGGUGCCAGCUCUGCAAGAGUUGCUGCAGAAGACGAAGCCGGAGGCCUGGGAAUACCCGACGGAUCCUAACGCGCGGAACCAGAGGAAGGACAAAGCUUGGUUGACCUGGACGCUCACUAAAAUAGAAAAGGCUCUGAGCAACCAGAACCAGCCAUUUGAAUGGCUCAGGCAGUGGAGGGAACAGAGUGGCCAUGUUCAGGUCGCUACAUAGUCCACACUCCCUUGCUGUCAUAAACAUAUAAUAUUCACCAUUCCUCGCUUGGGGUGCUCAAUUGAUAGAUUUUUUGUACGGUUUUACUUCCAAUG